UCACAACUCACAAACUUGUCUUUUUUCAUUUUGCACGAAAAGUUUAGAGACAUGAUUAUUGGUAUAUAGCGAGAAUAUUAAUCGGUUUAAUUUGGAUUUUCAUCUUUUGAUUUAACAGCACGAGAGAAAGAAGAAGAAUGGGGAGAGGACGGGUACAGCUGAAGAGAAUCGAGAACAAGAUUAACAGACAAGUGACUUUCUCCAAAAGGCGAUCUGGGCUGCUCAAGAAAGCUCAUGAGAUCUCCGUGCUUUGCGAUGCUGAGGUUGCUUUGAUUGUGUUCUCUACCAAAGGGAAGCUCUUUGAGUAUGCUACUGAUUCAUGCAUGGAAAGGAUCCUUGAGAGGUAUGAAAGGUAUUCCUAUGCAGAAAGACAGCUUGGGGGUGCAGAAAUCGAGUCACAGGGCUGCUGGAGUCUGGAACAUGCAAAACUCAAGGCCAGGAUUGAAGUUCUACAAAGAAACCAAAGGCACUAUAUGGGAGAAGACCUUGACAAUUUAAGUCUCAGAGAGCUUCAGAAUUUGGAACAUCAGCUUGAUACAGCUCUUAAACACAUCAGGUCAAGAAAGAACCAGCUCAUGUUUGAAUCAAUUGCUGAGCUGCAGAAGAAGGACAAGGCACUGCAGGAGCAAAACAACGUGCUUGCAAAAAAGGUGAAAGAAAAGGAGAAAGAACAAGCCCAACAGCCACAGUGGGAACAACAGAACCGUCACGACCUGAAUUCAUCAUCAUUGGUUAGGUCACAACCAAUCAACUCCUUGAGCAUUAGGUACUUUUUCUGA